UGCACACCCCCUAACGGGAUGUGCCCACAAUCAAGGUACAUACCCUUGACCGGAAUCGAACCUGGGACCCUUGAGUCCGCAGUCUGACGCUCUAUCCACUGACCCAAACCGGUUAGGGCAAUAAAACCUCUUUUUAUGAGUUCUUAAAAUGACUGAAAUUGUUUACUUGUAGAAUUAGCACUGUAAAAGUCAGUUUAGUUUACUAAAAGAUUAUUUUUGUGCUGCUCCUGGGAAGUUCAGUUUGAGGUAUGGGAUAUACUUUUUCUUGUAUAUAUUUAUAUCUACAGUAUUAUGAAAGAAAAUCUCAUUGACCUGCUGGCUUUAUACCUUACAUAGUCCAGUAGAGGGCAGCCCAGAUGGCAGAAAUAAGCAAUUUGGUUUUACAUCUUUGCCAGAUGAUAAUGGAGGAGAAAACUCUUUCUAGCAAAUAUCUAGCCAAGAGAGCAUGUAUGUUGACACACUGGAAGGCUGCUUUAGAGAAUAUGCAAGGUUUAGAUUUAAUUGUCUUAUUGUGAAAAAAAAACUUUAGACAAAUGAAUUAUACACCUACUUUAGUCCUAACAUUUGAUGAUUCUGGAGUCCCAAUGUUUAUAGCUAUGAUGGUCUUCUGUCUCUUUUACAGUAUCAAAAGCACUCAAGUAAAUGUGACAACAUCUUUGAGUUUUUAUAAUGUAUUUUUCAACUUGAAAAUGCUCAAAGAAAAACUGAACAAAAGCCUUAGUUUUACAUGUAUUUCAUGCCAUGACUAAAAGUACCUUUUUUUCUAAUGCCAUUAGACUGGUAAUUGCUUGAGGUGAGAUUUAACUUUUUAAAAAUUCUGUAUUAUAUUUGUAAUGCAGCAUUAAAAAAGCAUUCCAAUAAAUUGAAUGGAAUGUCCAAACAGAAUCUAAAGUAUGUACAAGAAUUCUCUUAAGUGUUUGUUUUCAAAAGUAAUGUACUUUAUGAUUAAUGAUCUGCCAUACACUAGCAUUAGGGGGUGCUAAGGAAGAAUUCCAUUUAUAGUGAUGAAAUUGCUGUUCAGUUCUCAUUUUCUGUCCAAGAAUAAAUUCUUAAGUCCCCUUAUGCCAGUGUUCCGGUGUAAUAAAUGAAUACAGCUAGUAGUUAGCACUGGAAUAGUACAGGUUGAAUUGUGCAAAUUUAUCUUGUAAGAUUAGGUAAGAAAUUUAUAUAUAUGUUAGAAGCUGGAAAGUGUACUAUCAUUUUCAAGUCAAAUAGGUUGGAUGUGGAUCUGUUCUGUAGCUUCCUCCAUUAAUAGUUACUGAAGGAUGUGAAUGUAUAUACGUACAUAUGUAUUUAACAAAUAGCAAAAAUGUGUUUAACUUAAUAUUUGCCACUAAGGUUUUAAGUGAUGGGAUAUUUACUACAUUAAUCAAAGCUAUUUGAGUUUGAGUUUGUGACAUCAAUUUAAUUAUUCCUUUUUAAUCUAAAGAACUUAUUAAUUAAUUAAAUCUAAGGGUAGCUAAAUAUGUAUAUACCUUGUGGGUUUUUUUUCAUAAUAACCUUGAAGAUAUAGUACAGGGUUUUACACUAUUACAAACCAUAUUUACACUAUUAUCUCUUUUACACUAUUAUCUCUUAAUCCUUAGCCAAAUAAUUAAUUAUUCUGUGCUAACUUUGCAACACUUACUUGUAAGCCUGGAUCCCCUAAAUUGCUGGGUGAUGGGCACCUUAUACACAAUUCACAAAUUUUUUUGCAGAUGUCUGGUUUAAACUGUUAACUGUAAUUAAAUUUGGCGGGGGGAGAGGGUUAUAUUUUGUUUUUUAUGUUCAUGAGAAAAUCAUUGUCAGUAAUGUCAUGCUUUAUCUUACUGUGCAACAGAGGGCAUGUAAUUAUUAGAAUAUUAUGCUUCCAUCUUAGAAGAUAUCUACACCAAGAACUUCAUAAUGCUUACUGGUUGAACCAGGAGGUCUCAGUUUGAUUCCUGAUAAGGGCACAUGCCCGGAUUGCAGGCUCCAUCCCCAGUGUGGUGCGUGCAGGGAGUUAGCCGAUCAAUAAUUCUCUCUCAUCAUUGCUAUUUCACUCCCUCUCCCUCUGUGAAAUCAAUAAAAAUAUAUUUUUUUAAAGAAAGAUUGGAUACUUCCUGGAAUCUGAAUUUCUAGAAGUUUUAACCCUGAAGGAACCUUAAAUAUCUGCUCUAAGCACGUUAAAAAACUGAAAAGUGCAGACUAUGCCUUCAAUUAUAUAGCAGUUUAGUUGUGUAUAACUCAAAGUGGGAAAUGCAUUGUUCAAGGGAAGGGGUAUGACAGUCACCUUUCAUACAGCUUCAUUUUUCAAGAAUUAUACUGGAUAAGCUUCUGGCAACAAGUAAGUCAGCUACAAACCACAUAAUGGGAGGAAACGUAUUCAGAAAGCAGUACAGCACGUUUAGUACAAGUACUAUUUCUCUACAUCAGUAUUCAACCCACACUGGAUUACUCACUAUUCUCUGAAUGUGCUUGUUUUUUCUGUUUCUUAACCCAUUGUAUGCCAUAAGCAUCUGUAGACGCAAGCCACUCGCGUCUAUAAAAAAAUGUUUUCCCUAAGUGGCAGCCCUGACCAACUUUAAAAUCCUUUUUCAUGAGAAUUUUCAGCUGAAACUAUUAAAGAACACCCAAAUUGUGAGCAAUAUAUUUUUAUAAUCAUUGCAAAUUGAUUUUUUAAAUUAAGAAUAUCAUGGCAUGUCAGUCAAGGGGGAGAUGCUCUGUCUUGUAAGAACAGUUACAGUGAACUACCACUAUUAAAGCACUGCUGCAUACUACCUUAUAAAUAUUGUGUCCAAUACCCUUUCAUGACUGUAAUGUCCCUAAAAAUAGGAUUUUGGGGUUUUUAUUUGGUACCCACACACAUAAUACUUAGUGCUUUGCCUUACACAUACCUAAUCAGUAAUUCAUUAUAUAUUAAGUGAAUGAAAUUAAGUGUGGCUUUCAAAGUAUAAUUUAACUUUGAAAAACAAUAAUAAAAGAAAUUUGUCUAGAGUAGUCCCCACCUUACCCCUGACCUCCAGUAGAUUCCUAAAACCUUGGAUAGAACUGAACCCUAUAGGUAUUGUUUUUUCCUAUAUAUACAUACUUACAAUAAAGUUUCCCAUACAUAGAUAUACCCAUACAUAUAAGUUAGAUACAGUAAGAUUUAACAAUAAUAAAAUAGAACAAUUAUAACAAUAUGAUGUAAUAUGUGAAUGGUAUCUCAAAAUACAGUUCUCACCCUUCUUGUGAUGAUGUGAGAUGAUACAAUGUCUGCAUGAUGAAAUGGCCUCCCAUAUCAGCAAAAGCUGAAGACCUAGCAAGGUCUUCUGUGAUGAGUCCCCACUUGCAAACCCUGCCAUGCAUAUCCAUGUUCAUCUGUGUUAUUCAAAAACUAAGCUUGCUCCCAUUCUAGGGCUUUUGCACUUCUGUUUCCUCUACUUGGAAACUUCCCUCAGAAAACUAUGUCUCACAUCUUUCAGUCCCUGAUCCAAUAUCAUCAUCAAGAGUGUUCCCCUCCCCACCCCGUCAGUGCCACUAAAUACGUCCUUCCGCUUCCUUCUCUCCACCAUGGAGGUGCGCGCAUUCGCUUCUCCUUCACCAUGUCUUCCCACACGACUUUCAGGAUCAAGAGGUUCCUGGCCAAGAAACAAAAGCAGAAUCGUCCCAUUCCUCAAUGGAUUCGGAUGAAAACUGGUAAUAAAAUCAAGUACAACUCGAAGAGACAUUGGAGAAGAACCAAACUGGGCCUAUGAGAAAUCACACAUGAGAGAUGACUCACAUAUUUGUGCUGUAUCCAGGUUGCCUACACCCUUAAAUGAUUGAAAAGAUGCUACUGUCUGGACAGUUGGGGCAUUUUAAUUGGAAGAUUAAUGAACUUG